UCUUGACCCGGUCUAAAACGGAGGAGAAGAAAACAACGUGGUUCUAGUUAACGAAGAUACGAAGACGAAACGCAAUGAAACCGCGAUAUCUUGUGUGGAGGGGAAAAAAGAAGAGAAUCAUUCACAGAACCCAGUUUGAAUCCGCCACCAAAAUCAUCAGAUUAGCAAGGCCAGGAACCACGUUGCGACGGUAAACAAGAAAUCUCGUACCCAACAAUGGCGGCGAAAAAGCCCAAAUCUUCCACUCCUAACCCAGGCAACAUGAGUCCACGCGUUUGGUUUUACUCCAUUUUACUAACUCUUCAAUAUGGAUUCCAACCUAUUAUCUCCAAACGCUUCACCAGACGAGAAGUAAUUGUAACUUCAUCAGUCUUGACAUGUGAGGUAGCCAAGGUUGUAUGUGCCCUUAUUCUCAUGGCAAAAGAUGGUAGCUUAAAGAAACUGGCAAGGGAAUGGACUUUGGUGGGUUCACUUACUGCAUCAGGUCUUCCUGCAGCAAUUUAUGCACUUCAAAACAGCUUGUUGCAGAUAUCUUACAGGAAUCUAGAUUCACUUACUUUCUCAAUGCUGAACCAGACAAAAAUAAUUUUCACUGCCAUAUUUACAUAUAUCAUACUGAGGCAGAGACAGUCAAUUCAACAAAUCGGGGCUCUGUUCUUGUUGAUCAUGGCAGCUGUCCUUCUAAGCAUUGGUGAAGGCUCUAGCAAAGGGUCUAGCAGUGGUGACCCUGAGAAAAUUUUAUUUUAUGGAAUUGCCCCAGUCUUAGUUGCUUCUGUACUCUCUGGUUUGGCUUCUGCAUUAUGCCAAUGGGCUUCUCAGGUCAAGAAGCACUCAUCAUACUUGAUGACUGUAGAAAUGUCUAUAGUUGGAAGCUUGUGCUUGCUGGCUAGUACCUCUAAGUCUCCAGAUGGAGAAGCUAUCAGACGCUAUGGGUUCUUUUAUGGUUGGACUCCACUAACUUUGAUUCCGGUUGUUACCAAUGCUCUCGGUGGGAUUCUUGUUGGCCUUGUCACUAGCCUUGCUGGUGGUGUGAGAAAGGGGUUCGUCAUUGUUUCAGCACUACUUGUAACAGCCAUGCUGCAGUUCCUUUUUGAAGGAACACCGCCAUCAGUGUAUUGUCUUGUGGCUCUUCCACUUGUCAUUAGCAGCAUUUCGAUAUACCAGAAAUAUCCAUACCAAGUCAAAAAGAAAGAAGCCUAAUACACCUGCAGGUAGAUAAGGGGAUCUCUUGAAGUUGCACUGAUUAUUAAAGUUUCCAUUUGUUUUCCCAACAUGAAUUUUUUAGGAUUGAAUAGUGUAGGCAUGAAGAAGGCCUAUUAUGGAUAUACUUGAUGUCAUCAAUUUCAGGAUUCUGACUGAAAUUGGGAAGAAAAAGAACAAGGCUAUGAUGUCUGGACUCUGCUCGCAAAAUUGUAGGAUUUAUGAACUGAAUAAUAUAAUCAUGCAUGUAAUUGAGAAGCUGUAUAUCAUGGCUUAGAGAUGAGAAGACUAAUUGGUUUUA